CCCCGCCCCGGGAGCCAGUCCGCGGAGCCCGCGGCCAGGGCGGCGCAGACCGGCCCAGCGACUCGCCCGGGCAGCGCGCAGGGACGCGCUGCCGCCGCCACCGACGACGCGUCGGCCCUUCAGCGCCCCGGUCCCCGCGGCUUGCGGAGAGAAGGUGUCCACUCCUGGACAGGAGAGGGGCUAUCCACAUUGGAGACGCAUCUUGUGCCUUCUCUGUUCUUAGACGGAGCAUCUCCAGUUGCUUUCACAGGGCCAGGAACCAGGCCCAGGCCUCAGGAAUAGACAAGUCAUGGACCCCCUACAGCCUCAGCAUUUGGGGGCAGCACCUUAGGACAACAGAGGGGCAGCCUCCAUCUGACCCCUUCCACUAGGAAGAAGGGAGCUGAGAAGUGGACCCUGAGCCCAUCUCACUGCCCUCCCCAGGCCGCAGGUGGGAAUGGACCAGCAGCUUUGAAAAGCCAGAGCUAAUGCCGGGCCCCCAGGGAGCCGGAGGAGCCCCCACCAUGAGCCUGGGCAAGCUGUCACCUGUGAGCUGGCUGUCCAGCUCGCAGGGGAAGAGGCGGCUGACUGCAGAUAUGAUCAGCCCCCCUCUUGGGGACUUCCGCCACACUAUGCACGUGGGCCGUGGUGGUGAUGUCUUCGGUGACACCUCCUUCCUCAGCAACCAUGGUGGCAGCUCCAGGAGCACCCACCGCUCCCCCCGCAGCUUCCUGGCCAAGAAGCUACAGCAGGUGCGGAGGGUGGGGGCACCACCCCGGCGGAUGGCUUCCCCGUCGGCACUCUCGCCCGCCCCACCCGCCAUCUCCCCCAUCAUCAAGAACGCCAUCUCUCUGCCCCAGCUCAACCAGGCCACCUAUGACAGCCUCGUGGUGGGCAAGCUCAGCUUCGACCACAGCCCUGCCAGCUCCACAGACGGCCACUCCAGUUACGGCCUGGACUCGGGGUUCUGCACCAUUUCCCGCCUGCCUCGCUCAGAAAAACCUCGUGACCAAGACCGUGAUAAUACCUUCCCCUCUGAGCCAGAGCUUCGCCGCUCUGACUCCCUCCUGUCCUUCCGCCUGGACCUCGACCUUGGGCCCUCUCUCCUCAGUGAGCUACUUGGAGUCAUGAGCCUCUCAGAAGCCCCUGCAGCUGAGACCCCAGCCCCUGCUGCAAAUCCCUCAGUCCCUGCCACAAGCCCCCGAGCCCCUGCUGCGAGUCCCCCAGCCCCUGCCAUAAGACCCUCAAUCCCAGCCUCAAACCCCCCACCCCGUGGACACUGCCCCAAUGGGGUAACAGCUGGAUGGGGCCCAGUGGCUGAGGUGAGGGCCAGUCCUGUAGGAGAGUGUCCCCGCAUACCUGCCGACAGGGCCUCUGGCAGGCACUGGGGAGCAGCUGUGCAUGGCAGUGGGGGCAUCCGCCACUACACUGACAUGGAUGCUUGGCGAGAGCUAGUGGAGGUGACGCCCCAGGGUGGGGCUUCUUGGGAAAGCGUGGAUGAAGAGCAGGGGACAACCCAGACAGGCAGCAGGGCCUCUGUGCCCAGCACAGUGCAAGCAAACACCUUUGGGCUUAUUGAUGUUGACGAGGAUGAUGAGGUCAAGGUGUAAAUGGCUGGGCAUGGGCUCUGGACCCUGCCUAGCCUUGAGCACCACCCAUGAACAGCCCCGGUGCAGAGCCAGCACCUCACCUGACAAGAGCUGGGUCCUGCCGAUAACAUGAGAGAACCUAAGUUGCCCCCAAAUCCCUCCCCGCCUCUGCAGGACAGAUUGGGAGGGAAGCCAGAGGAGACUAGGCUUGGUCUGGGGCCUGGGUGUUCCCAUGGGCCCUGCUGGGCUGACCAGCCUCCCCCCACUGCCACUCUGGACCCAGGGCCAUCCUGAGGCCCACCCCUACCCCAACUCCAUGCCACCCCCACUGGCCGGAGGGCCCAGUCUCACAGUGCAGCUUUUGUGCUGGGAGAGCUGUCCUUGCUGGGUGGGGGGGUGGGGAGCAUUCCACACAGGGCCUUUGUCUCGUCUCCUAAAGGCACUGCCUGCCCCAACUUCCCAGAGCUGCCCCUAGCUGGGUUCCUGCCGCUUCCCUGAGAGCCCCCGCCCUUGCUAAGGCUGCUUUCCCAGCAUUCCCACUCUAUCCCCCAUUUGUCCCAGAUGCCUCAGAAGUCAGGUGUGACCUCCAGGGGAGGAAUCCCCACCCCCCUGUGCAUCCCAGACCUGCCUCUGGGUCCUGAUUAAAAAAAGCUUUUUUGAUAAAA